UAUUCUUCUCUCUUUCAUCGUUUUAGCUGUAAAUGCAAACAAUACUUUAAUUAAAUACAGAGUUCAAUUAAAUUACCCAAAACUUAACUACUCCUCCACCCUUUUCUCUUGACUUCAAUUCAAUCGCUUCUUUUUCAAGCAAAUUCAGUUAUGGAGAAGCAAAAAAGCUUCUCUGUGAAACCCAUCAAGUUCUUGGUCUCCUCCUUCACUAUCACCUUCUCAAUCAUCUUCGUCAUCUUCUGCUUCACUUGGGUUUUCACAUCCCCCGCUUCCAUUCACCUGGGCGCCCAGAAUCUCGGCGUCGAGAGCUCCGAAGGUAGUUUGCUAACUGCAAAUUCUAGCUCCACCGCUUUUGGUAAUACCAAUAAUCUGUUUGUUGAUGGUAUUAAUGUUUCGGAUAGUACUAAUCCAACUGUGGAAGUUGUGAAUGUUGAUGGGAAAGUUGGAGAAUUGAGUGGUGUGGUGGUGGAGGGAGUUUCUGGUGAGAGAGAGGAUAGUUCAAAUUCUAGCUCCACCCCUUUUGGCAGUAACAAGAAUCUGUUUGUUGAUGGUGUUAAUUCAUCGGAUAGUACUAAUCCAACUGUGGAAGUUGUGAAUGUUGAUGGGAAAGUUGGAGAAUUGGGUGGUGUGGUGGCGGAGGGAGUUUCUAAUGAGAGAGAGGAUAAUUCAAAUUCUAGCUCCACCCCUUUUGGUAAUAACGAUAAUCUGUUUGUUGAUGGUGUUAAUGCUUCGGAUGGUCUUAAGCCAACUGUGGAAGUUGUGAAUGUUGAUGGGAAAGUAGGAGAAUUGGGUGGUGUGGUGGUGGAGGGAGUUUCUAGUGAGAGAGGGGAUAGUUCAAUCAGAAGUAGUGUUGGUGAUGGGAGGAGCAAAGUAGGUUGUGAUGUUACAAGAGGGCAUUGGGUUUAUGAUGCCAGCUACCCUUUGUACACAAAUGUUACAUGCCCUUAUAUAGAUGAAGGGUUUGGGUGUGAGAGUAAUGGGAGGUUGGACAGGGGUUUCAUGAAAUGGAGGUGGCAGCCUCAUGAUUGUGACAUUCCUAGGUUCAAUGCUAGUAAUAUGCUGGAGUUGAUCAGAGGAAAGAGGUUGGUGUUUGUUGGUGAUUCACUCAACAGGAACCAAUGGGAGUCGAUGCUCUGUAUGUUGAUGGGAAGUGUGAGAGAUCCGAGGAAGGUGUAUGAGGCUCGAGGGAGGAAGAUAACUAAAGAGAGGGGGAAUUAUUGUUUCAAGUUUGAGGAUUACAAAUGCACGGUUGAGUAUUAUGUUUCGCACUAUCUAGUUCACGAGAGUAAGGCGAGAAUAGGCAAGAAGAGAGGGCAGACGUUGCGCAUUGAUACUAUGGAUAAAGGGUCAUCGAGAUGGAGAGGGGCUGAUAUUCUUGUGUUCAAUACUGCACAUUGGUGGAAUCAUCAGAAAACGAAAGCUGGGAUUAACUACUACCAAGAAGGCGAUCAAGUUUAUCCCCGCCUUGAUGUCACCACAGCCUUUGAACGAGCUCUAUUAACAUGGGCAUCGUGGGCUGAUAAGAACAUCAACUCACAUAAAACGCGUGUAUUUUUCAGAAGCUCUGCUCCUGCUCAUUUCAGCGGGGGUCAGUGGGACACAGGAGGCCACUGCGGAGAAGCCCUUCGACCACUAAACGAGACAUUCACCUCUGUCUACCCAGAGAAGAAUCUGAUCAUGGAGCAGGUCUUGAGGAAGAUGAAGACACCUGUUACUUUUCUGAAUAUAACGCGGCUGUCAGACUACAGACCGGAUGCUCAUCCGUCUAUAUAUGGAAGAAAAACUAUAAAUCGAGGCGUCCAAGAUUGCAGCCAUUGGUGCUUGCCCGGUGUUCCAGAUAUCUGGAAUGAAUUGUUGUACUAUCAUUUGCAAUCACAAGGCAAGGCCAUUUUGUAGACUAGAAAACAGUUUUGUGUCUUCUAAUUCUUUAAUUUAGUGUGGUUUUCUCAGAAUUAGGAUUUAUUUAGGCCGAAAUUGUAAAGUCAUCGACAGUUUAACUUGAGUAACUCCUCACUGUCCACAGCUUCA